AUUUAAUUAAUAUAUACUAUGUUGUUGCAGCUAUUUAAAUAAGAAUUUUCACUUUCAGUAAAUUUGCCUACAGAGUAGAUGGUUUGAGAUAGAAGAUAAUCCUUUAAUGGUAGCUUAGACACUUACAUAUGAUGAUAUAAACUUUUAAUUCUAGAGUAAGGAAUAUUGCCUAACUUGAUCCCCACAUAGUAGCAUCUUUCUGACAGCUAGUGAGGUUAGUAUUCAGCAUAAUGAAGUCAUGUUUAUGUCUCAUAUUAAAAUUGUGUAUGUCAAAAUUUGUUUGUGAACUCCCCGUAUGGCCCACAACAAAUGGCAGUAGAGAGAAUGUUGAGGCAGGUAGUAAGAAUUACCUGGCAGCGAUGUGUAGAGAGAAUGAACAUCCAGAAACAGAGCCUCCAUAAUGUUCAAUCCCAACCAUUGGAAAGAGAAUUUGAAGAAAUACAGAUUCCAGUUCCAUGGGGUCAUAUAUCAGGAAAGUGUUGGGGUUCUCUAAAUGCAAAACCAGUUCUGUGCCUUCAUGGAUAUCAAGAUAAUGCUGGUACGUGGGACACCUUAGCACCCCUACUUCCACAUGAUAUUAGUCUGCUGGCAGUAGAUUUACCAGGGCAUGGACUAUCUUCACACAUACCUACUGGAAAUGCAUACCAUUUGUUAGAUUUUGUUUUGGCCAUCCAGCGUAUUGUUAAUCAUUAUGGAUGGAAAAAAAUUUCUCUGAUGGGUCAUUCAUUUGGAAGUAUUUCAGGAUUUGUAUACUCAGCCCUGUAUCCAGAACAAGUAGAGCAUUUCAUUGCCUUGGAUACAAUUAAACGUUUUAAUACCGAUCCUGCAAGGAAACUAAAAAAUCAUGGGGAGAUUUUAGAUAAAUUCCUUCACUUAGAUUCUCUAGACCCAAAGAGUAGUCCAUCUUACAUAUACGAGGAUGCAGUUGAACACUUACACAAAAGCAUGGAGAAAUGCACAACAAAAGGAGGAUGUGAAAUUCUGUCACGAAGGGGAACCAUUAAAAUGACUGAUGGGAGUUACUCCUUCAGUAGAGAUGCUCGUCUCAAAGCUAGUGUUGAUUUGUCAUAUACUUGGCAGUAUGUUCUUCAGUUUGCAGCUAAUGUAAAAUGUAAAGUUCUGCAUAUACAAGCUCUUCAAGGUCUAACAUUGGAAAAACCUGAAGAAAUGGAUGAAUUUCUUGAUGUACUUAAAAAAUCAGCAGCACUGUAUGAAUCCCAUACAGUUGAAGGUAGACAUUAUGUUCAUUUAGAUUUCCCAGAACGAGUAGCUCCUAUAAUUUCAGAUUUUUUGAAACAGAAAUGACUUAACAUAAUAGUUGAAAAGUAAUGCUUACUUUCUACUCAUUUGCAGCUGGAUUGUGAAGUGAAGAAAAUAAUGUGUUUUCAUUACAGCACUUAAGUCUUUUAAAUUGUUCUUGGUUUGAGAAAAUAUUGGCUUCCACAACUGAAUAGAUAGUUUGAGAUACAUGCAUUUGUGCUUGUGCAUAUGCCAUAUAGUCUGGUAGGUGUCCGCCAGACUACACAGCGCAACAACCUAGAAGACAGCAAUCUUCAAACUCUGCUGUGAAAACCUCAAAUCUUAGCCUGGUUGCUGUUAAUAUAUGAGAACAUCAUAAAACCCUUAAUGUGGAAAACCCAAGUACCAGCAAGCUUCUCAUCACAUUCUGAAAUGUACAGUGUAAAAUAUGCAUUAUUUUAUUGUUAUUAUUUAGUUCAUAGUGCAAAAGAGCAAAAUAUUUUAAUAUUUUGGAAACCAAACAUCAGUAGUCUUUCAAAGUAAAAUAACUUGGAGUGUGUCAUCUCAAAAAUAGACAUGGAAAAUGACAAGCAUAUGUUGUAGAUAACAAAAAUCUAGAAAAAUUAUUCCCAUUGUUCAGUCUGUUUAGCUCUUUAAAGCUGAGAAGUAUCUAUAUGUACUGUAAACCUUGACAAUCAGUACAGCUUGGUUUUGUAUGUUUUUCACCAUAAAUUUGAGUUACUAGAGCAAAGCGCUCCUUUUGUCUAUCAAGGUCAUUCAGCAAAAAAGUGUAAGAUCAAUAUCAACAAAUCGACAACAAUGGUUACUUAGGAAAAGUCAUCGGUUUACUCGGCAUACAAUGAAAGGAAGGGGGUUGGUUGUGUUUUAAAAUCUUGAGUAAGAAACUAAACUAAGCCCCCCGAAUGGAGGGUUAAAACACUUGACCAACCCCCUUUCAGGGGGGUUGGUCAAGUUUUUAAAACGCAACCAACGCCUUUUAAAAUCUUGAGUAAGGAACUAAACUAUACCAACACAACAAUGCCGAGUAAACAAAUAACAUAACAUUGUUUGAUGACUUAAUUGUUUGGCUACAAAUUGUAUGACGACGACGACAAAUCACAAAUUUUUAUAGUAAGAAAGAAGAUUCCCUUAAACAGCAAAUUCAGAUACUCAAAAUUCUUCCUUUGCAUUUAUUUAUGGCUGUGCUGAUAAUGGCAAUUUACUGUUGUGUGAUAAAGGUGGCAUGAUUAUAUGUAAAAUAUUUGAAUUGUUAAAAUGAGAAUAGUGACAUUUGUGCACAAUGUGCUGUUAAAAUAUAUAGUUACAUUCAGCCAGUAGUUGUAGAGAAAAAUCACAUAUCAUGGUAUGUAGAAACUUGCAGGUAUUGGGAGUUAUUGGAGCAUAGAAAAUGCUCACAUGCUGGGAAUAAACAUUCAGACUUUCUAGAUAUUUGUAAUUUAAUGUCUGGUAGUUGCAUUUAUUAUGAGGUAUUCUGUACUAUAUCUGAGGGGAGAAAUAAGUAGAAUAGCAAAUUCCUGAAGCUAUUGUCAUUCAAAUUCUUGGUUCCACGGAAUGUGUAUUGUUAUGUAAGAGUUCCUGUUGUUAAGUACAACUUUGUAAUAACUGUGGAAUGUUUCACAGAAAAUAAAAUGGUGUAUUUAAGAAACCUUUGAUAAGCAAUGUGUACUACCCGUGGAGAUGUUUCAUAAUUUAAAGUUGUAUAUGUUA